AUGGAAUCCAUGAUUAACAAUUCUCUGUCUUUGACCGAAUUAGAGCUAUAUGACUGCAAGGGCUUAAAAUGUCUAACCAUUGGUGUCUCCCUUGAAUACUUAUUCAUCGAUGAUUGCCCGCAUCUAACUAGUAUAAAUUUAGUUGAAGGGUCAGCUGGUCUCAAAAUAUUUGGGAUUGGGAUACUCCCCUCCUCUCUUCUAGAUGGGCGAUUGUCCCAAAUUCAGUGUUCCAGGCUUGAAUGUCUGAGGUUAGGUCCCUUCUCAGAUGAAUUUGAUUAUAUUCCGUGGCCAUUCUCUUCUUCUUCUUUUUCUAACCUAUCUAUGCUAUAUCUGUAUGGGUGGGAAAAGGUUAAGUCAUUAGUGCACUUUGAGCAACGCCUGUUCACCGCCUUUCCUGCCUUGGGUUCUUUGACUUUAUGUGGUUUCGAAGGAUUGAAAGCUCUUCCGGAUUCAAUAGCAAAACUUCCAUCUCUCAAGGUAUUAUUCAUCUUUGAAUGUAAUAAUUUGGAGAGUUUGCCUGUAUUUGAAGAAUCUCAUAUCCUUCAAGCACUGGCUAUAAUUGAGUGUCCUGUUCUGAGACAAAGAUGCUGUAAGGGUCAAGGCCCAGAAUGGUUCAAAAUUCAAUACGUUCCAAAUAUAUAUUGGGAUCUUGAGAGCUCAUUAAAGGGAGGACAGAGAAUGCAACGACGAGGAUGUGAUGAAGGAUCAGAACCUCAUCAAAAUAUAAUUGAAUUGACUAUUGAAGAUUUUAUGGGGCAGAAGCUUGCAGCAUGGAUUACAAUGAUGAGAAACUUAGUGAAAAUCUCAUUUGCAGAUCGCAACAGAUGCCAAGUACUUCCACCACUUGGUCAUCAUCCUGAUCUUAGAAAGAUGGAAAUUUAUUGGAUGCCUGAUCUCAGGGUUAUGGGGAGUGAUUUAUGCUCUGUAGCAGAUACAAUAACACUGUAUCCGUCACUGAUAGAGCUCUUUUUGUCCGAUAGGCCAAACCUAGAAGAAUGGGACUCUGUUCUCGGAUCUCCUAAACAUCAGAGACUUGGAUGGGGAUGUGACAUGUUACCUCGCGUUGGAGAUAUGGAGCUUGAAGAUUUAUGGAUAGAACAAUCAAGCCCAAAUUACAUUUUUAUCAUCUCACCAAAUAUAUCUCAAGAAUUAUACCAGUCAAUACAAGAAAAGAUGGGCGAGGCUAUUGUUGCUGAUUUGGCUAGUAAAUUGUCCAAGGUUUUAAGCAAGAUCCUGAAUAGUUGUUUUUCGUCCUUGAAGGAGUUGAGACUUGUCAAGAGUAGCAUGAUACUAGAAACUAUGAGCAGAAGUGCUAGCUCACUUACCUCUCUUGAGCUCAAGUUUAUCAGUGAUGCAAGAGGAGAUUCAUCUUCUUCUAUGAUUAACCUGCUGCUGCUGAAAAACAGUUACCUGUCUUUGACCAAAUUCGAGAUACACGUUAGAGAUUUGGAGCUUUGUUUGGGAUCCAUGGAUAGAACAAUCAAGAGUAUGCAGCUUAAAGGAAAGAAGUUUCCAGCUUGGAUUACGAUGAUGCUGAACUUGGUGAAAAUUACAUUGAGAGAUUGCAACCGAUGUGAAGUACUUCCACCACUUGGUCACCUUCCCAAAUUGAGGGAGAUAGCGAUUGAUGGGAUGAGAAAUGUUAGGGUUGUGGGAGAUGAUUUUUGUGGUGGCCAAAGUGUAUUUCCUCAACUUGAGAGGUUGAAAAUUGAGAAUUGUGCAAGGUUGAGAAAGAUACUGCCUAGUUGUUUUCCGUCAUUGAAACAACUCUUCUUUUGGCAAUUGCCAAAUCUAGAAGAAUGGGAAGCAGCAGUUAUAAGUACAGCGGUUAGUUCUCAGAGUGGAUUUCCUAAACUUGAGAGUUUGGAAAUCUGGAGAUGUCCAAGGUUGAGAAAGAUACUGUCUAGUUGUUUUCCGUCAUUGAAACAACUCUACUUUAGGGAAUUGCCCAAUCUAGAAGAAUGGGAAGCAGCAGUUAUAGGUACAGGGGUUAGUUCUCAGAGUGGAUUUCCUAAACUGGAGAGUUUGGAAAUUUUGGAAUGUCCAAGGUUGAGAAAGAUCCCGAAUAGUUAUUUUCCGUCCUUAAAGAAGUUGGAAUUAACUGAUUUGGAGAGUGAUAUGAUGUUGGGAACUAUGAGCAGAGUUGUUAGCUCACUAACCUCUCUAUUGCUUAUGAGUAUUGGUGACGGAGGAGGAGACUCGUCUUCUUUAUCUUUGUUUUCGAAUAUGGAAUCCCUGAUUAACAAUUCUCUGUCUUUGACCAAAUUAGAGCUAAUUGAUUGCAAGGGCUUAAAAUGUCUGACCCUUGGUAGCUCCCUUGAACACUUAAAAAUUUAUAAUUGCCCGCAUCUAAUUAUUAUAAAUUUAGUUGAAGGGUCAGCUGGUCCCAAAUCUAUUGAGAUUGGGGAACUCCCCCCCUCUCUUCUAGAUGGGGGAUUUGCCCAAAUUCAGAGUUCCAGGCUUGAAUAUCUGGGAUUAGGUCCCUUCUCAGAUUUGGAUUAUAUUCCGUGGCCAUUCUCUUCUUCUUCUAAUCUAAUUCUGCUAGACCUGUUUGGGUGGGAAAAGGUCAAAUCAUUAGCGCUCUUUGAGCAACCCCUGUUUAUCGCCUACCCUGCCUUGACUAUCUUGAAUUUACAUGAUUUUGAAGGAGUGAAAGCUCUUCCGGAUUCAAUAGCAAAACUUCCUUCUCUGCAGGAUUUAAGCAUCUUUGAUUGUAAGAAUUUGGAGAGUUUGCCCCCAUUUGAAGAAUCACAUACUCUUCAAACACUGAAUAUAGUGCGGUGUCCUGUUCUAAAACGAAGAUGCAGUAAGGGUCAAGGGCCAGAAUGGUUCAAAAUUCAAUACGUGCCAAGUAUAAUCUGGGAUUAUAAGAGGUGGCAGUGAAAUUUUUAGCUUGGUGAUUGUCUCUACUCCAUCUUCCCUUGUAUGUAGUAAAUUUAAAGAAGAGAAAGCUCUCUUGAGUUCAAAAGCAGACCUUCUAUCGCUCAAGCAGUUAGUUAUCUGGAAUUCUGAAAAUUUGGAGAGUUUGCCCAUGCUUGAGAACAACGGGAAUUUGCUAAUUCUGAAAGUAUGAUACACGGAGGACGAAUGGUCCAAGAUUCAACAUAUUCCAGAUAUAAGUUAUGUAAACUUGCAUAUCUUAAUGAUCACCUCACCCUCUGUUUGUCACUAUUUUAAUGAUAUAUUAUAAUUUGUUGAAUCAGGAUUUAGAUAUAAAGGGAAUGCUCUAUUGUUGCCUCGAAGUA